UCGGAUUCGAAACACAACACAUGGUCAAGACAAGAGUUUAUGAUGCUGUUAGCUGUUUACUUCUUACGCGGGUCAUGGAGGAGAAGUACAUAAACUAAAGUGGGUACCAUGGAUCUUGGCUGAGUGAAAAUUGUUACAUUUGGAGUGCCUGUUUGGACGCGCAAAGAUCAGAGACUGCAAAGGAGGAAUCGGAAGCUAAAGGGAGCAAGGCAGCAUAAGCCGCUGUGUUCGUUGUUAGCAUGGCUGGGCCGUCGCCGAUGUGGCUGCUGCCUGCGUUCGCUACUUUUUUCAGCUUCUACGCCGGAGAUUCGCUCGACGAGCCCGUCCCGGAUGCCGCCAGCGUCCUUGAGAUUUCCACGGCUCCGGCGGCUCCCUGAGCGUGGGCGAGUCGCCGUGGCGCUCCCCGCUGGCGGCGGCCUUCGUGGAGGCGGGGGUCGAGCUCGGCUACCCCGCCAGGGACGUCAACGGCGCCAGCCAGACGGGCUUCAUGGUGCCACAGGGCUUCCUCAGGCGCGGCUCGCGCUGCUCGAACGCGCGGGCGUUCCUGCGGCCGGCGCGGUUUCGACCGAAUCUCCACACAGCCCUCAACGCCUUCGUCACGCAGAUCCUGUUUGAUCCGGCGCGGCGGGCCUACGGCGUCGUGUUCGACCGCGGGGGCGAGGAAGGGCGCGGGCAGGAGGUGCACGCACGGAGGGAGGUGAUCCUGGCGGCUGGCGCCAUCAAUACGCCGCAGCUGCUCCUGCUGUCGGGCGUGGGGCCGGCGCAGCAGCUGAGGCGCCACAAUAUCUCCGUGGUGGCCGACCUCCCCGUCGGGCGCAACCUGCAGGACCACAUAGCCGGCAGCGCAAUCUACACGAUCAGGGAGCCCGUAUCCCUCCUGUACAGUCGGCUGGAGAACCUCCCCGCCCUCCUCAAGUACUCGGUGUUCGGCUCGGGCCCACUCACCUCCCUGGGCGGCGUCGAAGGGGUCGCCUUUGUGUCCACCAGGUUCGUGAAUGCCUCCCUGGACUGGCCCGACAUCGAGUUCCACUUCGUGUCCGGCACGCACGCCUCGGACGGCGGCUCUCACCUGCGCCACACGCUGGGCCUCCGGGACGAGUACUGGGCCCACUACUUCAGCCACCUCGUCGACCGCGACCAGUUCAGCAUCCUAGCCAAGCUGAUGCGGCCUAGGAGCCGUGGUGUCGUGGAACUGCGCUCGACUGACCCCUACGAGUACCCGAAGAUUAUUACCAACUAUCUGCACGACCGAGCUGACCUGCUGGUGAUAAAGGAAGGCCUGAAGAUUGCUCGCCAGGUUGGGAGUACCCGGGUCUUCCGUGAGUUCGGUGCCAGGCUGUUCGAUCUUCCGCUUCCUGGAUGCGAGAGUUUUGAGAUGACGUCAGAGGCCUACUGGGAGUGUUACAUCAGACACCUGACAUUCACCAUCUACCACUAUUGCGGCACUGCCAAGAUGGGGCCGUACUGGGACCCCAACGCUGUGGUUGACCCCAUGCUGAGGGUGUAUGGAGUUCAGGGCCUCCGGGUUGUCGACGCCUCCAUCUUCCCGACCAUCCCCAGCGGCAACACCAACGCCCCCGUCACCAUGGUCGCCGAGAAGGCCGCCCACAUGAUCAAGGCGUUCUGGGCCUCCGCGAAGACCACGGGCGAAGGCGACGGUCACCCCCCCACGGCGCAGCACUCGGAGGAACUCUGAAGCCU